CGAUACUUGACAAAAACCAUAACUUUCUUUUAUUCUCACAGCGAUUGGCAGGGUGCCCCCCAGGCACGCACUUGCUGCAUUGGUGCCUGGAGCAGCCCCUGCUAAAACCACUUCCUAGGUGUUACACAUAUGAGACACAGCAGAGGUUUCGAUAUGAUUGUGUCCUGAGGCCAAAGUGAGAACUGUGUCUGAUGGAAACUAUAGUCACUGGCAGGCAGGAUCCAAUGUUUGGGGACAUUUCCUUUCAUAUUAUUUGUAAACCCCCGUGCUUCCCCCCAUAACAAUGGGCUGCCAGGAAUUUCCCCAGCUCCGCUAUUUAAAUACCCAACAAGGAGCGACUGAUAUUCAGAGCAGACUUCAGGAGGCCACGCUGCCUGUGCCGGUCCCCCAUUUCCUGACUGCGACUCUCUCUGGGCUCUGUGUCUGCUGGGCUGCUCCGGCUACCCAUGCACCUCUCUUUCCGGCUAACCAACGGGGCACAUGAAUAUUGUCUAGCACACGGGCAGCUCGCAGUGACGCUGGAGCCAGGGCCAUGAUUUCCUUCCUCAGCUGCUGCUUCUGGCUCCAAAUGCUGGCCACGAAAACAGUGCAGUUGGAAUCAGACGUUGUAGCUCAUUUCGGGGGGGACGUCACCCUGAGCUGCCUCUUCCCAUCUCAGCCCGGGAUGAACCUCCAGGACUUGACACUCACCUGGCAGAAGGAGCGGGCGGGGGCAGAGGCCCUGGUGGUUCAUUGUCACUAUUACGGGAGGGAGCAGUUGGAGAAACAGGAUGAGGCUUGUAGGAACUGGACCCGGCUGGAUCCAGAGGGGCUGGCCUGGGGCAAUGCGUCCCUGACACUGAGGGGCGUCCGCACCCAGGACGAGGGCGUCUAUCUCUGCCACGUCACCUCGGAGCCGGGCUGGACGGCUGAGCGCAGGGAGCUGAGAGUGGAAGCACCCUACAGUGAGCCUCAUCUGACCCUUGACCUCUCGUUUCGGCUGGGCCACACCCUCUUCAUCUUCAGCUCAGGGAGCGGGUACCCCCGGGCGAGCGUGGAGUGGAGGGACGGGAUGGGAACCAACCUGACAGAGCUCAGCACUACCACAGAGUCCGUGGACACCUGGGGCCUUUACACCCUGUGCAGCGAGCUGGCCGUGCCCGUGGGGCAGAGCACCAACCUCACCGUGCUCCUGGUGACAGCGCCCGGGCGGGAGACCCACAUGCUGCACAUCACAGUGGCAGCAGGACCCGGGCAGAGACGCAGCCACGUCUGGCUGCUGGUGGCCUCUCUGGGCGCCGUGAUCCUGUCUGUGAUAGUGGCUGUGUGGAUCCUUCGCCCUCCUGUCCAUGGGACUUGCAGACGCUGCUCAGAGAAUCGCUUCGCCGGGAUGAGGGAUGUGGAGGAUCCUUCACCCCAGAGCCAGCCGGGCCCCGGCGCCUGCCCAGCCCUGGGUACACCCACCCCCGGCCUCGGGGCUGAUCUCCCGGCGGCUCCUUCAGGCCACCUUCACGCCAAGGCUCUGUAGCCGGGAGCCAGGGGUCUCUAGACCCAAUGGCCGCGCUUUAUAGCAAGGACAGCACAGUUCUAUGGGCAGCACAGAGCCACUGCUCCAGGGCUUGCUCUUGUCCCUGACCCCUGCGAUGGGAGAGCCCCUUGCGAGGCGGGGACUGACCCAUGUCAAUACAACGGGGCUCAUACACUACAGCCCCCACUGGGAGGAACCUAACCCCGCUCACGCAGGGCAGCUCUUUGUCCCCCUCUAAUCACUGCCCCACAUCAGAGCAUUUAUUGAGAUCCCUGUGGGGCUAGGGCCAGAGCCUCAAAGGUAUUUAUAGAGCCCCAGAGAGGUGGGGC